UGCAUUGUAUGACACCUUUCUUCACCUUUUGUUGUUGUUGUUGUUAUUAUUUUGUCUGUCCCUCUCACGCGCUCUUGUGCGCACCUGCACACCGUAGGGACAUUUCUAGGCUCGUGCGUUCCAGCGUGGAGCAGCAUGGCAGACAGACAGCAGCGCGUGCCUGGUCUCACUGACUGACAGACCUGUCUCUUUAAGUUUUAGUCAAAGCCGAUUACCGCUGAUCUCCGGCGCGAUUCUCCCUCCACCGUCUGUUCCCUGGAUCUGUGUUUGCGCUGCGUCGCUGACGCCUCGUCCCUUUUUUUUUUUUCAUUCAUCACACAGUCCCCCUCUCGCAGUUUGGAUCGUGCACAGCUCGUGGGCGUUUGUGUUCACGGUCUCUGCAGAUGUGGUGCGGUUAGACGCGCGCUGCGCUGCCGACACUCGACACACGCCAACUUUUUCUACCAUGGUAAGCCUGGAUUACCGAUUCCUGCAAACAGAGACAUUGCGCGCUUUCUCUGUGUUAACCAUCCACUCCAAACAAGAGCAGCGAGACAGAAAACAGGAAGGGAUGUGAUGUCUUGACUGCUUUGAAGUUGGCACGAGAAUAACAUUUUAAAAUGCAGAAGAGCGUCCGUUACAAUGAGGGCCACGCGCUGUAUCUGUCGGUGGUCGCGCGUAAAGAAGGAACCAAGCGCGGCUUCCUGAGCAAGAAGACCACGGAGAACAGCCGCUGGACUGAGAAGUACUUCGCCCUUCACCAGAACGUGCUCUUCUACUUUGAGAACGAGCAGAGCGCGAGGCCCUCCGGUAUUUACCUGCUGGAGGGGUGCACGUGCGAGCGCGCACCGGCGCCAAAGGUCUCCGCCAUCAGCAGGGAACCCGCGGAGAAACAGCAGCACUAUUUCCUGAUCAUCUUCGGCCAUGAUGGACAGAAACCGUUGGAGCUGCGGAUAGAGGAAGAGUCGGACUGCAAUGAGUGGGUGGAGUGCAUCCAGCAGGCCAGUUACUCCGACAUCAUUAUCGAGCGUGAGAUCCUGAUGCAGAAGUACAUCCACCUGGUCCAGAUCAUGGAGACUGAGAAGGUCGCAGCCAAUCAGCUUCGCACUCAGCUGGAAGACCAGGAAACUGAGAUCGAGAGGCUCAAAGCUGAGGUUGUAGUGCUGAACAAAACCAAGGAAAAGAUGCGGCCUCACCAGAACAACCAGGAGGAGGAAGAUCCUGAUAUUAAAAAGAUUAAGAAGGUGCAGAGUUUCCUGCGUGGCUGGCUCUGCCGCAGAAAGUGGAAGAUCAUUGUCCAGGACUACAUCUGCUCCCCUCACGCCGAGAGCAUGAGGAAGAGGAACCAGAUUGUCUUCAACAUGGUGGAGGCGGAGACGGAGUACGUCCACCAGCUGUCCAUUCUGGUCAACUGUUUUCUCAGGCCGCUCCGCAUGGCCGCCAGCUCCAAGAAACCACCCAUCAGCCACGACGACGUCAGCAGCAUCUUCCUCAACAGUGAGACCAUCAUGUUUCUGCACGAGAUCUUUCACCAAGGUCUAAAGGCUCGGAUCGCUAACUGGCCCACUCUAGUUCUGGCCGACCUGUUUGACAUCCUGCUGCCCAUGCUGAACAUUUACCAGGAGUUUGUGCGAAACCACCAGUACAGUCUGCAGGUGCUGGCUAACUGUAAGCAGAACAGAGACUUUGACAAGCUGCUCAAACAGUACGAGUCCAACGCUGCCUGUGAGGGUCGCAUGUUGGAGACGUUCCUCACUUACCCCAUGUUCCAGAUUCCACGUUACAUCAUCACCCUUCAUGAGCUGCUGGCCCACACACCUCAUGAGCACGUGGAGCGCAAGAGUUUGGAGUUUGCUAAAUCCAAACUGGAGGAGCUGUCGAAGAUGAUGCACGAUGAAGUGAGUGACACGGAGAACAUCAGGAAGAACCUGGCGAUAGAGAGGAUGAUUGUUGAAGGCUGUGACAUCCUGUUAGACACAAGCCAGACCUUCGUCAGACAAGGCUCUCUCAUCCAGCUGCCGUCCAGCAGUGAACGUGGCGUGCUCAGUAAAGUCCGCCUGGGCUCGCUCACGCUGAGGAAGGAGGGAGAGAGACAGUGUUUCCUGUUUACCAAACACUUCCUCAUCUGCACCCGAACAUCUGGAGGAAAGCUUCACUUGCUGAAGCAAGGAGGAGUGUUGUCUCUGAUCGAGUGUACUCUCAUUGAAGAACUCGAUGCCAGCGAUGAGGACUACAACGCAGCUGGUCAAGGUUUCAGCCAUCUGGAGUUUAAAGUGGUGGUGGAGCCCCCUGAUGGUCAGGCCUUCUCUGUCAUCCUGUUGGCUCCUUCUCGCCAAGAGAAGGCUGCGUGGACCAGUGACAUCAGCCAGUGCAUUGAUAACAUCCGGUGUAACGGGCUGAUGACCAGCGUGUUUGAGGAGAACUCCAAAGUUUCUGUGCCACACAUGAUCAAGUCUGACGCUCGGCUGCACAAGGACGAUGUCGACAUUUGCUUCAGCAAGACGCUCAACUCCUGCAAGGUCCCGCAGAUCCGCUACGCCAGCGUGGAGCGUCUGCUGGAACGCCUCACGGACCUGCGCUUCCUCUCCAUAGAUUUUCUCAACACCUUCCUCCACACGUACAGGAUCUUCACCACGGCCACCGUGGUCAUUGACAAGCUGGCCAACAUCUACAAAAAGCCUUUUACUUCCAUACCUGUCAGGGUUGAGCAGCAUUCUUGUGACCGUCUGUCCAUCAUGUCCCUCUGUCCCGACUACAGUCUGAAGAUUACGCAGCUUGCUCUGGACCAGUCCAAGUCUCUGGAGCUCUUCUUUGCCACCAACCAGAGUGCGUGGGGAGCAGACCCGUUGAACAACAAGUCCCCGAGGCUCUGCCGCAAGUUCUCCUCCCCUCCUCCCCUCUCCAUCCCCUCUCGCACCUCCUCGUCCCCCAUCAACUGCCGCAAGCUGUCCCUCAAUUCCCCAAUCGGUGCGAAAGCGGGAGCCUCGGAUCUGACCCCGUCUCCCUCCUCCGCAGCCAACUCCCCCACCUCCAGCCACUGCCCCUCCAUCUCCUCUCCUCCUCCCACCUCAACCAGGCCGCCCUCUGGCUUUUCCUCACCUCCGCCAACUGCCACUCGCUCUCCCAGCCUACCCCAGGCCUAUGGGGUGACCUCGCCGCCCCCCGUCACUACCAAGGCCCCGCUGGACCUGAGCCGCGGUCCCAGCUCCCAGAGUCCUCCCCUGAGCCCGGCUGCUGGGGACGAUGUCAGUGGAGACCUGCCUCGCAUCGAUGCCUUCUGUGGGAAACUGAGGCGAAGCAUCCGCAGGGCUGUGUUGGAGUCAGUGUCCCUGGACAAGUUCAUACCUGAAUCACCUGCCAGCAGUGAGCCAGGGGACAUGUCUCCCUGUCGCUCCCCGUCCACGCCCAGGCAUCUCCGCUAUCGACAGCCUGGAGUCACACCAGGGGAGAACUCACGCUGUACAAUGUCGCCGGCGUCUGCUUUCGCGAUUGCCACUGCUGCUGCUGGACACAGCAGCUCCCAGGGAUUCAGUAAUUCUGAAAAAGUCUGCGACAAAGAAUUCAUCAUCCGCAGAGCUGCCACUAACAGAGUUCUCAACGUGCUGCGACACUGGGUUUCCAAGCACUCGCAGGACUUUGACACGAACAGUGAACUGAAGAUGGGUGUGAUCGGCCUCCUGGAGGAAGUGCUGCGUGAUGCAGACCUGCUGCCACAAGAGAGGAAAGCAACAACAAACAUCCUAAGUGCCCUUUCUCCAGAGGAACAAGACGAUGCUCAGCUGAAGAUAGAGGACAUUUUACAGAUGAAAAGCUGUCCGCUGCUUCACUUCAUCGUGGCGGAGAGUCCUAAAGCAGAAUGUUUUGAGUCCCUGUCAGCGAUGGAACUGGCAGAGCAGAUCACUCUGCUGGAUCACAUUGUUUUCAGGAGUAUUCCCUACGAAGAGUUCCUGGGACAAGGCUGGAUGAAGACGGACAAAAGUGAGAGGACGCCGUACAUCAUGAAGACCAGUCAGCACUUUAAUGACAUGAGUAACCUGGUGGCGUCUCAGAUCAUGACACACACCGAUGUCGGCUCCAGGGCCGGCUCCAUAGAGAAAUGGCUGGCAGUGGCAGACAUUUGCCGCUGCCUCAACAACUACAACGGCGUGCUGGAGAUCACCUCUGCUCUCAACCGCAGCGCCAUCUACAGGCUGAAGAAGACCUGGGCCAAAGUGUGCAAACAGACAAAGGCUCUGAUGGACCGGCUGCAGAAGACUGUAUCAUCAGAGGGAAGGUUCAAGAAUCUCAGAGAAACGCUGAAAAACUGUAACCCUCCAUGUGUGCCAUACCUGGGCAUGUACCUCACUGACCUGGCUUUCAUUGAGGAAGGAACACCCAACUUUACAGAGGAAGGCCUGGUCAACUUCUCCAAGAUGAGGAUGAUUUCUCACAUCAUCCGUGAGAUUCGUCAGUUCCAGCAAGCACCUUACAGAAUAGAGCACCAACCUAAGGUGACUCAGUUCCUCCUGGAUAAGACACUUGUGAUGGAUGAAGACACCCUCUAUGAGCUGUCGCUGAAGAUUGAACCCAGAGUUCCACCUGGAUAAAUCCACCUUUAUCUCAUCCACAAACAAACAAACAAACAAACAAUCAUGUUUCCACUGUAAACAGGUGGAGCUUUCUUACAGCAGCAGUCUGUUACAGGGUUUCGUGUUUAGGAAACUCAGGAGAAUUUGUGCCUUGUUGUGUGAUUCUCUGUUGUGUAUAUUCAGUGUGUGUGUGUGUGUGUCUGCCACACACUCGCACUGUCGUAACUGUAGAAACGACCAUGUUGGCGACUGAACCUACUACACUGUAAAUACCAAAUGAUGUCAGCGUGGCGUUCAGCUCAACCUACUAUGGGGGAAAAAAAAUGAGCCACUGUUUAUUUGUUCAUUUAUUUAUUUUAUUUAUUUUCUAAUCUGCUCUGUGUGUUUUGUACGUUGUUCAUAUGCUGGAAAUAAAAAAAAAAAGAAGAUAAUUUUUAAGUCGUCUUUUAAAAAAUAUCUAGUGAGCUGACUUCCCUGAUAUCUAAGGGUAGUGUGUUCCACAGUUUAGGGGCGUGACUAAAAACGGCGACUGCCUCCAUCAGUAACUUCUAAUAUGUCAUUUUAGAAGGAUGAAGCAGCAGCUCCUGUGCACUCGGAUGUAAAAUCGUUGAUUUUCUCUAUGGACAUUGGUGCAGGAGAGUGAGCAAAAAAGAGUAUUGAUAAUAAAAUAUAUCCCUAAUCCAGCUACACUUUGCACCUGAAAUAUCCCUUUCAUAUAUAAUACUGUAACAGUUGUAGAGAGUUCAGUUCAGUUCAAAUGUUUAAUCUGCCUUAACUUGUACAGCAGUUUUCAAUGUAAACUCAUCGUUUUGUGUUGUUACACUUUCUAUUCUGUUGCAUGUAACAACAAAACACUCUGUCGCUAACAAACAUUCAAAACUAAAACUUUCUUUUCUUUAUAAAACGUUUUUUUCUGACGUUCUAUAAAACCCACCAGCUACAUGUCUUCGUCAUGUUUCACUAUAACUAUGACUUUCUUGUCAAUGUGACUUAUUCUCAUGUUCACAUUCUCCUUAAACUUUGUUUUGAAGGUCUGUAGACUAAACUUGUUAAUAGCAUGAUAAUAGCACAAGCUCCCCCUCUUAGGAAACUAGGAAACUGUGACUGAUCUUAAGUUUAUUCAUUUAUUUUAAUUCACUCCAUGUGACAGGAAUCUCCUUCACACUGCUGUAUUUGUUUGAAAUUCCAGUUGUGCUGUUUUCUCUUUCCUUUCAGUUUUCUGUGUAAUGUACAUAUAUUUAUUUACACAUUCCAGGUUUCAAAAUAAAAACUACAAUGUGACUUUUAA